CGGAUCCGUACGCAAGGCUACAAUAACAAUCAAAACUCUAGUAAAGACCGGAGGUUAAAUGACAGAAAGCAUAUUAGCACCGGAAAAAGGCGAAAGGUCAGCCGCUUGUCCAUGAGAACUUGAAACGAGGAGAACAUUGAUUAUCAGAGUGCAAUCAGACAAGAAGGACCGGUCUAAAGUUCGCGCUCGUGGAAAUCCAGCGGAGGGAGAGGAACGGCGCAGAUUCAGGUCGACGGACGCAGGAGAACCAUCUGAGGGCCGCACACUGGUGCCAAGACAGACCCGCUGUUAGUGAAGGAAAGCAGAAAACUGAGCUGGGUGAAGAUGGACAUCCUUGAGACUGAUGCCUAUGACAAGCGCCUGAGGAGAAAUAUGUCUUGUGCCCUUCUCCUCUCUCUUUUGCCCUUCUUCCUGUCCUCUGCUUUAUACUUCUACCUCUGGUCUCCUGACGCGGCCCCGUCAGUGGCGUCCGCAGGUGUCAAAUCAGCCCCGGCUCUCCUGUUGGCCGUGGUGGUGCUGAGCUGGAACGGAGGUCAGAGCGUCCUGGGUGUGGCGGGGGGGCUGAUCUUCUCCGCGGUCGGGGACUGCUGCUUGGUAUGGCCAGAGUAUUUCAUUCAUGGAAUGGGUGCCUUCGCUGUGGCUCAUCUGCUCUACGCCGUCACCUUCCUAUCCAGUCGUUACGCAACGUACUCUGCCUCCUCCCUGAACCGCGUUCUGUACCUGAUCCUUCUUGUCGUGGGAGGAGCUUUUUACAUCUAUCUUUUCCCAUUCCUGCAGAAGGCAAAGAACUCUGAUCUGCUGACUCCCGGCGUGGGGAUCUACUUCAUCCUCAUCGCCGUCAUGGCCGCUUUAGCCAUCCGAACCCGCCACGCAGCUAUCUUGUUGGGGAGUUUGUCCUUCAUGGUGUCCGAUGCUUCACUGGCCCUCCAGGUCUUUAAGGUUUUGCCGCCAAUUGAGCACGGUCAGAUUUUUGUUAUGGUGACAUAUUAUUUGGCGCAGCUGCUGAUUGCCGUGGGUGAUAUAAGAGCAGCGGAGGACAAGGAUGACUUUUCGAAAUGGAAGCGGUCCUAAACUGGAUCCCUGAGGUAUCCCUAAAAUCAGGAGUGUGUAUCCUGUCCCUUUUGUCCUCUGUGCCUUUCUUUUGACCAAACCCAUAAAGAUGGGUUAGUUUGUUAAUCAAGAUACUAGUAAAGUUCAAAGCUUAAUGUGAAACGAGCAUGGGACCAGCGAGGAACACAUGACUUUGAGAAUCCAAUGAUAUUCACAUUUCUAUUUAAACACUGACGGUAUCAGUGGGGGGCAUGUUUAGUGUUUUGCCAAGGUAUUCACACCCGUUGAGCUGCUUUGCAUUUUAUUUCAACAAACUGCAUUGUAUUUUUUUGGAACUUAUUGGUGAUUUUUGCCUAUUCUUCUUGGCAAAAUAGCUCAAGUCUAGACUGCGUUUAGUUUCUGAACUUUCACAGGACCGUUCUAACACGUGCUUUUAUCCAACCCAUUCCACUGAGACUCUGGCUGUAUGUUAGGGGAAAGGAUGUCCAACUGGACAGAUCUAAAACUGCCUGUUUUAGAUCUGUUCCCACUCCAUCUCAUGCAAUUCAAAUGGAUGCUUUACCUUCUCUGUGUUUCAUCAAGAUCUGCAGAGGCUUACCAAUUAAACAGGAUGAAAACCUUGUAUCAUUUUACUUUCACAAAUUUGUGUUUUUUUUAAAGUGUAGCUCUAUUCCAUAAAAUACACAGAAUUAUAUCUAUAUAUAGAACAACUCAAAGGGGUUGAAUACUUUUGUAAGGCUAUGUAUAUUCAGUGAUUUAUUGUUAAAUAUUUUUAUAUGACAUUCAUGUUAAUGCAUUGAUUCUACAUGGGAUGCCAUGACGAAAACUGCCCAUUGAAUGUAUAAGAACAGCAGUAUUUUAUUUACAAUAAAUGAUAUUGCCAAAGUCCA